AUGGAAUUCCAAUACCUCACCAUGGACCUGCCGGAUCCCUACAACCAGGCAAGCAUCUCCGCCUUCCUUAGAUUCCUGCUGGCGCCCUUAAAAGCUCACAUUCCACACAACACACUACACACGAUAGGGCGCUUACUCGACGAUUGGCUCGGUUGGGACGUGCCGAUCACGCAGGGGAGAUGCAGGCUCUAUCGCGAGGCUCCGGCGGUGAACGGGACGGCGACGGACUCGUCGGCCGCCGGCGCCCUGAUCGGAGGCAUAUUGGGCGGCCUGUUGGGUUUCUUGUUCUUGCUGCUGGUCUUGCUGCUGGCGAGCAUGGUCGUGUACCUGGCCUACCGCCGCUGGAAGGACAAGCAGAUCACCUACAUCCGCGAAGACCAAGAGAGCCAUCGCAACAACCUGACGACCAGGUAUCGCGAAAUUGAUUGGAGCGAACUAGAUCUCAUGGAACUUCUCGGCGCCGGAGCGUUCGGCAAAGUGUACAAAGGGAAGUGGCGCGGAGCUACGGUGGCGGUGAAGGUGUGCACCGACUUCCAGCUGGCCAUGAUGACCGCCGACACCAUCGAAAACAUCCGUCAAGAGGUGAUCUCGUUUGUGGGCGCGGUCACCAAGGGCGACUACUUCGCGCUCGUCACCGAAUACUGUCCCUACGGGUCGAUGUAUGAUUUGUUCAUUGCCAAGAAGACGGACCUCCGCAAACCGGUGACGCGCGAGAUGUUGAUCAAGAUGUUGCGCGACGCCGCGCGCGGCAUUCUGCACCUCCACUCCGAACACGUCAUCCACCGCGAUAUCAGCGCACGCAACAUGCUCGUCGCCAAGGACACGACGGUGCGCGUGACCGAUUUCGGACUCUCGCGGCUGCGGCAGGACACGGAGGAGUCCUACGCCACCACCAAGUCCAACGUCGGCCCUGUGAAAUGGAUGGCGCCCGAAGCCAUCACCAAACGCAUUUACAGUGAAAAGAGCGAUUCCUGGUCGUUUGGUGUAUUGGUGUGGGAGAUGGUGACACAGAACGAGCCGUGGCAGAAUGUCGCGCUUCUGGACAUCGCCAUUGGUGUCGGUCGCAAGGGGUGGACGCUCAAGAUUCCAAAGAACUGCGAUCCGUUCUUCAAACGUCUCAUGAAGGACUGCUGGAAGCAACAGCCCGAGAAGCGACCGUCCUUCCAAGAGAUCGAGGCGCGGCUGUCGGCCGAGCUGGGCGACGACAGCGAGGAAUCGACCGUCGAGUCCGACCCCGAAGAGGAAGACAAGAGGGACGACUACGAGUUGCGGUCGGACCACGUGGCUGACUUCGAGCUGGACGAGAUGGAGGCCGCGGCCGCGGGCAAGGCGGCCAAGAAGAAGAAGAAGAACCGAAAGAGGCGACGCAUGAGCCGCAAGAACGACGGACUCGACGCCCUGCGCGGCGUCGGUGGAGUGUCACACGAGGCUGGGCUGCUGGAGGCGUCGACGACCACGACCACAACGGCGGCCGUGUCGCCGUAUGGCGACGUCAGCAGCACGGCCAUGAUGGGCGGCGACAACCUCAACUCGCUCGACGAGGCCAGCGACGAGAGCGGGAAGGACUUCAAGGAACACUUGUGA